CAUUUAUACGUCUGCUUUGCUUUGGAUCUCUCUUUUAUCCUCUCAUUUUACCAACGUCGGCUUCUAUUGAGAGGGGAAAAGGCUUUUAUUUGUUACUGGUGGGAGUUCAAAGCUGUCGGUCUUGCUUCUGUUAAUCGCGUCUGUGCCCUCCCUUACCUCGUGCCACCGCCCCUCUCUCUGAGGAGAGUGAGAAGAGGGAACCGGAGAAAGCGUCUGUUCUGUGAUCGCUGGAUGAAGCAUGACGGCAGUGCUGGACAUCAACCAGGAUUCCUGUGCAGUGAGCGGUGUGGAGCAUGACAUUGAGACUCCUCACGGUGUCCUUCAUGUGACUUUGAGAGGGACUCCUAAAGGCAACAGACCGGUCAUUCUCACCUAUCAUGACAUUGGACUCAACCAUAAGUCAUGUUUCAACACACUGUUUAACUUCGAGGACAUGCAGGAGAUCACCCAGCACUUUGCUGUGGUCCAUGUUGACGCUCCAGGCCAGCAAGAAUCUGCCCCUCCUUUCCCCACCGGGUACCAGUACCCAACCAUGGAUGAGCUUGCCGAGAUGCUGCCCUCAGUUCUGACCCAGCUAAAGAUCAACAGUGUGAUUGGUAUCGGUGUGGGCGCGGGAGCUUAUAUCCUCACUAGACUGGCUCUGAAUGAGCCUGCUCUGGUGGAGGGGUUGGUUCUCAUCAAUGUGGACCCCUGUGCUAAGGGCUGGAUUGACUGGGCUGCCUCUAAGUUAUCUGGAUGGACCAGCAGUCUAGUAGACAUUGUGAUGGCACACCAUUUCAGCACGGACGAGCUGACAGAGAACCAGGAGAUCAUUCAAACAUAUCGUCUGCACAUCGCUCGGGACAUCAAUCAGGACAACCUGGCUCUCUUCUGCCACUCCUACAACAGUCGGCAAGAUCUGGAGAUUGAGAGGCCUGUCCUGGGACUUAAUGAAAAUACGGUCAAAACGCUGAAGUGUCCUGCCUUGCUAAUAGUUGGUGACACAUCACCAGCGGUAGAGGCUGUGGUUGAAUGCAACUCAAGGCUAAAUCCUACCAAGACUACUUUACUCAAGAUGGCAGAUUGUGGUGGACUUCCCCAAGUUGUCCAACCGGGUAAACUCGCUGAGGCUUUCAAGUACUUUGUCCAGGGAAUGGGCUACAUGCCCACUGCCAGUAUGACCCGAUUGGCUCGAUCUCGCACUCACUCUGCCUCCAGCAUGGGCUCGGCAGACGGCUCACGCAGCCGCGCACAUACCAGUUCACAGAUGGAGGGCGCCACCGGCGGCCCGGUCCACGACAACCAGAACAGACCGCAAACCAUGGAGGUGUCCUGCUAAAGCACCCAGAACCAAGCCACCAUUUGACCUGGGAUCAUCUGCUUGUUGAACCUCUGCACCUCAGGCGGUUUUGUCCACUUUGGGGUUUUGUUUCCACUCCGUCUUUGUCUUUCAUUCUUUUUGUUCUCUUGUGGCCAAGGAGCGCUGGUCUAAUGAAGGGAUACAUUGUUUGAUGUCUAGUAAACCAUGUAUUUUACAUAAUGGAAUAUCUUUCCACUGCAUGCAAGCAUACUAAUCUUUUGCUGAUGUUUUUACCUUGAAUUUGAUUGGCUUACUACUUUAUUACUCCAUUCGUCUUUUACUCAUAUUUGUCAUCCAUUGGAGAUUCAUUUCCACUCUCGAUAUGCUUCUUGUGUAUAUAUUUUGCUGGAGGCUGUUGUAUAUUGAACAUUUGGAGGAUAUUCUCGUCUGUAGCGGGAGAGUUUUCGUUCCCUCUCUUGCUCUCUCUAAGGUCUUCCUGUCCCUUGUGUUUACUACCGAGAUGACCAAACUACUUCAUUUCCUCCUUAUUUAAUUUUUUCUUCAGUACUUCAUUUUCUAGACUGCAUUCUGUCUCUUUUAGAGGGUUUCUACUGCUCUCACUGUAUGUCAUUGGCUAUUAUGGUUUGAUUUUAAUUGACAGACUACAAAUGGCAGACAUUCUAGAAUAAAAUCUACUGAUUAGCAUGUCUCUAUUUAAAGUGUGCAAUAGACAUGUAUUAGUGUUAAUUAUGUUAAGAUCUUUCUGCAAAUGGUUAAUUCAGUUUGAUUAAAUUUAAUCAAUCUGAUUCUGUUUACAUGGAGAGUUUUAGACUAGAAACACCUAAUAGCAAAGACUUUGCUUAGAUUUGCACUUAAGUUCAUGUAAAUUAUUUUUCACAGCCUGUGCUUGGGAGAUCAGCUACACCAAAACAAGCCAGUAACUGAAGCUAAGAUCUGUAGCUUGUUCAAAUAAAAGUUGCAUUUACCAUAUAGGGCAUCUAGAGGUAUAAAACAGCAUGAUUCCUCUAAAUGCACUGUACAGUAGUAACUGGUAAAUGAUCUGUAUGCUUUUGGCUUAAGAUUCUCAAUUCCUUCUGUACAGCGGGCUGAUGUUCCAAUAACCUCUUAUUAUUUUGACAACUCUGUUAGUUUCUGUAGUUUUAUUGUUCUUGGUCUUUAUUAUUUCAAUGGAUGGCAAUUCUCUGUUGAUUGUUAACUGUACCGCUUCCUUGAGUGUGUUUGUGAUGAUGCAUUGUGCUUUGUCCUCCAAGCAUUUAGGGGGCGCUGUACUUCAUACUGUCUGCCGAGUAUAUUGAUUUGUACGAAUAUUGAAAUAAAGUAGUUGUACAUAAAA